GCGAGGCGAGCUAUGGAUCCCGUGAGCCAGCUGGCCUCAGCAGGUACCUUCCGGGCGCUGAAGGAGCCCCUUGCCUUCCUGCGAGCCCUAGAAUUGCUUUUUGCAAUCUUUGCAUUUGCAACAUGUGGUGGUUAUUCUGGAGGCCUGCGGCUGAGUGUGGACUGUGCCAACAAGACGGAAAGUGACCUCAGCAUUGACGUGGCAUUUGCUUACCCAUUCAGGUUACACCAGGUGACCUUUGAGGUGCCCACCUGCGAGGGGAAGGAGCGACAGAAGGUGUCCCUGAUUGGUGACUCCUCGUCCUCAGCAGAGUUCUUCGUCACCGUCGCCGUCUUCGCCUUCCUCUACUCCUUGGCUGCCACUGUCGUUUACAUUUUCUUCCAGAACAAGUAUCGAGAGAACAACCGGGGCCCACUCAUCGACUUCAUCGUCACUGUAGUCUUUUCGUUCUUGUGGUUGGUGGGUUCAUCAGCUUGGGCAAAAGGACUGUCUGAUGUCAAGGUCGCUACAGAUCCCAAAGAAGUAUUGUUACUGAUGUCAGCUUGCAAACAGCCAUCCAACAAAUGCACGGCUGUCCACAGUCCUGUGAUGUCCAGCCUAAACACUUCUGUGGUCUUUGGAUUCUUGAACUUUAUCCUCUGGGCUGGAAACAUCUGGUUUGUUUUCAAGGAGACCGGCUGGCAUUCCUCGAGCCAGAGAUAUCUUUCAGACCCCAUGGAGAAGCACUCCAGUAGCUACAGCCAAGGCGGGUACAACCAAGACAGCUAUGGGUCGAGCAGUGGGUACAACCAGCAGGCGAGUUUGGGGCCAUCCUCAGAUGAGUUUGGCCAACAGUCUGCUGCCCCUGCUUCUUUUACCAAUCAGAUGUAACAGGGUAGUUUUGGCAUUCUUCUGAAGAUCGUUUCUCCCCAUUCUAUGUCAGUACCAGGAGAAUUUUUUAAGAGUUUCAAUCAAUUAUUAAUGUGGAGAGUGUUGAAUGUAAAUCAGAGAUCUGUCGUCCUCAUUAAAGCAGAAAGGCCUGGAUCAUAAUAAAUGGCAGUUAAAGAUGACAUGAGGAGAUAUAUUAUUCAUUACAGAUGGCUAAUUGGAGAGUACCUUGUUAUAUACAUAUACUUUUAUGGUUGUUUUGUAUGUGUGUUGAGAUAGUGGAACCAUUUUGUAGCUUAAAGUCUCUAGUAUGUAAUAUGCAUAAAGUAAA